UUGAUUGAUGCAUCAUGUAAAAGACUAGUAAUAAUGUCAUUUGAUUUACUGGUUCUUAAUAGAUCUUGGACCGAGCAUGUUCUAAAUGAAGUGGACACCAUGUGUUUCUAUUAUCAUGUCCUGUUGUUCAGUGCACCGUGGUUAUUACAGAAACAAUACAGUGGCUUCAUGCAUCACAAAAGAAGUGAAACCUGAUUAUCUGGUGGAAUCCAGUGCUCUAGUUUUUCUCAGGCAUGAGGAAAUCAUAUCGUGCACAAUAAUGACUGUGGAUGAGGAAGUAAAUAUUAGGCUACCAGUAAAUGCCCCGUUCGUGGCAUUCGGCUGAUGGCCUUGAAAUGUGGCGCUUGUUCCCUCUCUUUUGCACGUUUGGCUGUUUUUGGAGUUUUUCAAGAGCUCAAGGUGUGAAGCAUUUAAUGCGUCAGCUGACAUACUGUCAUAUAGAGAUGAUGGACGCUGGUUUUGAGCUGGAGUUUGACGGUGAGGAGCUCUGGCACGUCGACCCUAAUGAUUACACAGCAAAGCAGCGUUUGCCGGAGUUCGCAGGCGACUGGAGCCUCGACCGCAAUCUGCCUUCUCUAGCGCACCUCUCCAUCGGCACCUGCUUCUACAAUAUUCCCCGCUGCAUCACAGGAGAGAAAAAUCCCCCCCAAUCCAUCGUUCCUCCUUCCACACAGCUGUACUCCAAGAGCGACGUGAAGCUUGGUGUUGAAAACACCCUCGUCUUCUCGGUGACCGGCUUCCACCCGCUGCCGGUGAACAUCUCCUGGACGAGGAACGGAGAGCCGGUGAGUGAGCAGGACGUCAGUGAGACGCAGUAUUACUCCAACCCAGACUUCAGCUUUCGCCUGUUCUCCUACCUGAACUUCCGUCCUGAGCGGGGAGACAUCUACACCUGCAGCGUGCAACACAGAGGACUGGAGCGGGACGUCACCAGGUUCUGGGACGUGGAGGUGCCAGAAGACUCUCAGGAGGUGGAGACAGCGGUGCUUGUGAUCGGAAUUCUUGUGGGGUUUUUGGGAUUUGUGGUGGGAAUCAUUAUAAUCGUAAUGAGCAAGAUGGAGCUGCGGGCUGUAUGAUCUCUCACAACAUCUCAGAAACUCAGACAGCCUUCUGUUCUUCUAGCACAAACUUGACUGUAAAUCAUUUGUUUAUUCUGAUUUUUAAAAUUAAUAAAUGUAACUAUUUAACAUUGA